AGUGCUGUAUCAGGAAAUGGACUGGGACCAGUUUGACUUGAACCCUAAAGUAAUUGCUGCCCUUAAGAAAGCUGACAUAAAAUCAAUAAAAGAGAUUUUAAAUCUUUCCGGCUCAGACUUGCAAAGACUGAUGAAACUCUCCAGUGCAGAUGUAGAGUGCUUACUGAAAACAGUCUCUCACACGCUGAGGAGAAAUAGUAUGCUUACAGCACUUCAACUCUACCAAGAUAACGACCAUCUCACCUCCCAGCACCAGAAGCUAAGCCUAGGAUGUUCAGUACUAGAUAACUUGUUAAAAGGUGGCAUUCCUCUAGUGGGAAUCACAGAACUUGCUGGGGAAAGUUCUGCUGGGAAGACUCAGAUUAGUUUACAGCUGUGCCUUUGCGUGCAGUAUCCUUACAGAUACGGUGGGUUAGAGUCUGGAGCUGUCUACAUCUGCACGGAGGAUGUAUUCCCGAGUAAACGUUUGCAACAACUCAUAGGUCAACAGCAGAAGCUGCGUGCGGAUGUUCCGGCUGAAGUCAUACGGAAGAUCAAAUUUGGAAACAGCAUUUUUGUUGAGCAUGCAGCAGACCUAGACACCUUCCACAGCUGCAUCACCAAGAGGAUUUCCCUGCUGCUCGCGAGGGGCAUGGUGCGGUUGGUGGUCGUAGACUCCAUUGCCGCUCUGUUCCGAUGCGAGUUCGGAGUUUCAGAUUCUGUUACGAAGGCUCGGUAUUUGCAGACGUUUGGAGCACAACUUCACAGUUUAAGCGCUAGAUUCAGGGCUCCAAUAAUGUGCGUCAAUCAGGUGAGCGACGCGGUGAGCGAGUCGGAAGCUGCUCGGUGCAGUUGUAGUGUGGCGGAUAACAGAGUCUCUCCAGCACUUGGAAUAACCUGGGCAAAUCAGCUGCUGAUGAGGCUGAUGGUCAGCAGAGUGUCACCACUGGAGCGGUCAGUGGGAGUUGCCUCAUGCCACACCGGAAGCCUGAGGACUUUGAGAGUAGUUUUUGCUCCUCAUCUCCCUCCAUCCUGUUGCUACUACACAGUAAAACUGGAAGGUGUAAAAGGGAUGGAAUGA